UCACUCAAAGAAAGAGAUAAUAUGAAAAAGAUAAAUAAGGUGGUCGGAGAGGCCAAGGUAUCGGUCAGGGAGAAGAUGGGUAAACGUGACUCGUUGGUAGAGUUACCGGAUUAUAGGAUAAAGACAAAGUCACUGGAGGACAUUAGGAAUAAUAUAAAGGAUUUCAGUGGUCGUCUGGCAAAGCAGUCGAGGGCACAUCAAGCAUUGAUCACUGACAACUGCUCGCUGGCCGAUUGUUUCAGUGAGUGUGGCAAUCAACUACUGCAAGAAGAGGGUCACACCUCGUCCAGCGCUGCAAUCCUCGGUCCAACCUUCACUAUCCUAGGUGACAUGCACAAUCAGUUUGAGAUCCUUCGAACAACCUUGGCAAAGGGUAGAUAUGAGAAGGCAAGGAUAUCACUGGAUGCCUCAACAGAAACUUAUAAGACAUUGAAGAGACGUAAUCUGGCGACGGCCGAGAGGAUCCAGGAAGCGGAGCAGGACUUCCAGAUCGCCAAUCAACAAUUCUCAGACAUUGCCAUGGAGUCAUUGUUCAUUUUCGAGGACAUCAUUGAUAAGGUCACCAUCGAGAGUGUCGACACGGUCUACGACUACAUCAAGGUCUACGAGGACUACUUUGCCAAGAGUUUGGACAUUGUCCGUGCGAUCUUGCCAAAUAUCGAGCGACAAAAGUUGUCCACUGCCAAGCUCAGGACGGCCAUUGUCGAGAAGAAGAAGAAGAGGGUCGAAGAGAUCACAAACAACAACAACAUGAAACGUCAAGUGCUCAAGACUUCAUCAUCAGGUGCAUUCACUUCGCCAGAAGUCGCGACUUCCUCCACAUCAUCUUCAUCAUCGCCUGCGACUCAAUUCUUUGGCAUAUCACUCGAGACACUUCAGGAGCGAGACAAGGUGGAGGUGCCAAACAUUGUUUACAAAGCUGUGCAGUACUUGGAGCGUCCACACGCGCUGGCCACAGAGGGCCUUUUCAGAGUGUCGGCAAACCAGAGACACUUCAACGAGAUGAAGGAGGCCAUCAACAAUGGCUCGAGGAAGGACUUUGAAGGCAUCGAGGAUCCACACAUGGUCACAUCAUUCAUCAAGUGCUUCCUUCGAGAGUUGCCAACACCACUGCUAACCUACGAUCUGUUCAAGCCUCUGGUGCAGCCAGUGGUCGAUUCAAUUGGCGAUGAGAAGAACAUGAUAGUUGUGAACAAGUUGGCAUCAAUCCUCAAGACGCUGCCACGCCGCAAUCAAACACUCUGCAAGAUCAUACUGGGUAUGCUGUCCAACAUUUCGGCCAACAAGCAGAGCAACAAGAUGACGUCGAGCAACCUGGCUGUAGUAUUGGCUCCCAACAUGCUCUAUCCCCUCCAGUUGGACAUCGAAUCCAUCACCGAGGCCAAUGCCACCAUCGAGUAUAUGAUCAGGAACUAUCAAUUGUUAUACAGUGGCGAGUCUGUUGAGGCACCAGAGACACCGCCAAGACUAAACAGACAGAGUGUACUAUUGUUACAACAUCAACUACAACUUCAACAACAUCAACAACGUCCAAAGGCAGGCCCGACCUCACCAACAUCGACCACCUCCUCGACAACUGCAUCUACUACAGCUGCCAGCGAUAAUUGGAGAAAGAGUGUUGUACCGCCAACACUACCAGCCAAGCCAUCAUUGAACAGAUACUCAAUGAUAUCAACGUCUACGCCACAACUUGGUUCAAACUACAACAACAAGGCCACAUCACCUCCACUUUCACCUCCAUCACUUCCACCCAAACCACUGUCCAACUCAGGAUCCAAUAUACCACCUCCACAAUCAAGCAAUGACCAAUCAUCCAACAGGAACAGCAUCAAUCUCAGUAGUAAUAGUAUAAGCAAUAAUAGAAGGAGUGUUGCAGCUCCAUUACCACCAAUACCAACAUCACCAUCAUCAUCAACUACGACAACAACACCAACAACACCAACAUUACCAACCAAACCAAACAGCAAUAGCAAUAACUCAUCAUCAUCAUCAGCACGUAAACGACCACAAGCCAUCAAGAUAUCACCGUUGACCACCACUACACUGACAUCACCUGAUGGCACCACCGCCAAGUACAACCUGUUGGACGACACAUUUUCAUUCUCCGACACUAGCGGCAAACAAACAGCUGGUGUCUCUCCAGACGACGACCUCAUCCAU